GGGGGCCACCUGCCCCUCCAACUAGGGCCAUAAGGGAACAGGGAAUUACAGAGAGCAAGUCAGAGCCUAACUCAGCAGGGCACUUGUGCUGCCAUUGUACGGGCUGGCUUGCCAACAGCCACUUUAUGUAGGAAAAGUAUGGGAAUUCCAGGGGUGUCUUGGGCCCUAAAAGUAUCCAGCCAACCUCAGGGACAAAGAGGAACCAAAGGCCGAGCACCGGAUCUGGGCCAGGUGAAGGCAGCAAAACCUGCCCCAUGGUCUUCAUCGAGCUCUGAGGCCAGCCUGUCCUGAGUGCCCAAAGUGAAGACGUGAGUGCUGCAGCCACUCAGAUCCAGAGCAACAGAAUUAGUGAACUUCAGGGCCGAGAGUUCAGGGAGAGCGUGUGGGAAAGCCCUCCGAAGAUGUCGGGCUCAGCAUCUGAGCGUUCUGAGGCCAGCCUGCCAGAGAAGCCCACCUGCAACGCCUCUGGUGCGGUGCUGCUGGCACACAAGGGGUCCAGGUCUAGGGAGCGCCAGCCACCAAGGAGCAAGCACCAAGGGCUCCUACCGUGUCACGGCAGGCAGCAGCUUGCUGCUUGCUGCUGCCAGCGUCAUAAUGGGCAAGCCAGCGCUGGCCGUGUGGCAAUGGUGUCACAAUGGGUUGGUUUGUGAUGCGGCCGCCCAGGAGCAGUAUAAAAGGGGCUGCGUGCUGCUGGGUCCUGCAUCCUGAAGAGCAGCCAGCAGAGGACUGGAAGCGUCAGGAAGGGAUGAGCUCCCACAUGGCUGUCGCCAACAAGGAGCAACCCGCUGUCGUGAGACGGACCAAGAUAAGGUUCUGGGAGGAUGGCCCCUCAACGCACUAUGCUUUGAGAAUGCCAAAUGUCACCACCAAAGAGCGAGUAGCUGUCUGGGAUGCGGUGGCCAUCUACGUGCAACAGCAUCUCCUGCUGCGCAAGGGGGUCCGCAUUCCAUCCCUCGGCUCCUUCGACAUCGUCUGCAAAUGGUUCAAGGCUAAGGGUGAGACUGUGAUUGUGCAGUGGCCUGAGUUUCGCCUGGCCAGGAACCUUGUGGAAAAACACAACCUUGUGUACGAUAAAGAAUACCUGCCAGGCCAUAGGGAGGUGGAGCCCCUCAAAUGCGCUGAGGUGGCCGCAGCCGCAUCGGUGUCCUGGCAGACAGGGGAGGCCUGCAUAUACGGCACCACAUCCCUCGUCUCCCACUGCCUGACAAAGGGGGAGAACAUUGCCUUUGUCCUGAAGGACAUAGGAGUUCUCCUCAUUGAUGGAACACGAGUUCAAAUGAAAUACUACCGCGACUUCCUGGAGAGGAUCUGUGGGAAGGAGGACCUAAAAAUAGCUCUUUCCAAGGUCCCCUGGUUGAGGGACAUGGUGGUUUCCCGGGUGGCGGUGUUGGCCUCCCUGACGUUCUCCGGCCGGGUCAUCGUCUUUCCCAAGUUUCAACAGGAGUUCGUACCAAAACCACCUCCCAGGAAACCCCGUGAGGCCUCAGAAGUCCCUCCGGACCAGGGCAAGAAAGGGACAUUCCCUGAAUUGCCUCCCUUGCCCGGCUGCGUCCGUGUUACUUUUCUACAAGACCCGGGAUCCAGGAAGAAAUCAGGUGUCACCACCAAGAAGUCCAGCUGCCUGGCCUGCUGGAAGUCCUAG